GGCUCUCGCGGCGGCGCGGUCUGGAAGACAUGGGCCCCGCGGGCCGCCUGGUGACCAUCCGGAGGAGCGGCGCGGACGGCGCGCACUUCCCGCUGAGCCUGCGCUCCUGCCUGUUCGGGAGGGGUGUGGAGUGCGACAUCCGCAUCCAGCUUCCGGUGGUGUCCAGGCAGCACUGCAAGAUCGAAGUGGGCGAGCAGGCAGUCUUGUUUAACCUCAGUUCCGCGAACCCCACGCAGGUGAACGGAGCCCCCAUCGACGGGCCCGUGCGGCUGAAGCAUGGCGACGUGAUCACCGUCAUUGACCGCUCUUUCAGGUAUGAAGACGACCGUCACCAGAGCGGAAGCGCGUCGGCGUCGGCUGAGUUUCCAGGACAGGCCCCACAGCCGACUCCUGGUGAAACCGAGGCUGCGGUCAGUAACUCGGUGCCCUCGGUGGGUUCUCUGGCGCAGCGUGUGGAAAGCCCUGAACUUGUCUCUUGUUUCCUAAUUCACUGUCAAGAUGGCGAAGCUGAAGGUCGCGGCGCUGCCCGCUCACAGCUCACGGAAGAAGGCGCUUCGGGAGAGCCCCCGGCACGCUCGGGGGGCGCCGGGGCGGCCCGCGCCGUCUCGCGCAGCUCCGGGGGCCCUGCUGCCAGGAGCACCCCCGAUGGGCGUCGCUCAGAACCCCUCAGGGACAACCGCAGACACGCAGCGGGAUCCCUGGCUGGGGGCCUCGGCGAGGGGGCCCGCGGGACCUUGGUGAGCAGGAACGGAGGAGCCGAGGCCCUGCCCUUGCCGUGGGCCCUUGAGAAGGGUGGAGAGAAAGAGUCUCCCUUUAGGAAGCUUUAUGAGUCCAUGAAGGAAAAGUUAGACGUGAAAUCAGAAAAAGAGAAUGUUCUCCAGAGUGGCAGAAAAUCGGGGUCCCGGGGUCACUGCGCAGCCGACUUCGAAAGUGCUGGUGGUUCGUGGGGUGAGAUGCUGCGACAGGGCUCCCCCGGGUGCCGGCGGAGGUCCCGGCGGAGCUCCCAAACCAAGGCCGUCCCUGCCCCGGGACAGCGAGAGGAAGAGAAAGCAAGCGAGGGGCCUGGCCCCACUCUCGAGGCCACCGAGAGUCCCAGCGUGCCCCCCAGGGAGACCAUGGAAGCCAGCACCCCCGUCCAAUCUCGCCGAAACUCCUCGCCAAAGCGCCGGAGCGGGGGCCAGAGCAGCGUCCAAGGGAGUGAGCCCGCAAACCCGGAGUGGAGUGCAGCCUUCACCCCGAAGGAGCUCUUCCCCGGGCACGGGACGCCCGCCUCGGGUGAAGGUGCCGACGGCCUCAGAAACACACCGGAGAAGGCCUCUUCCAGAAAGAGGCGGAGCAGCCUCCCCGCAAAGGUCGACAUUGUUGCUGCAGAAGCAGAGACUCCAAAGCCAGCGGCGCUCACCCCGUUGCUGGUCCCCGUGGAGAGGAAGGGGCCAGGCGGCUCGCUCGGGCCGCCCCAGCCGCGGCGCGCCACAGCUGGCCCCCCCGGCCUCGGUUCCACUGGCGUCGGCGACUGGGACGAGUCCAUUUACAAGGUGGACGGGGUGCCCUUGAAGACACGGCGGGUCUCCUUUGGGGGCCACCUGAGACCCGAAUUAUUCGAUGAAAACUUACCUCCUAACACGCCUCUCAAGAGAGGAGAGACACCCACAAAGAGGAGGUCUCUUGUGCCCCACGCUCCAGCUGUCCUCAAGAAAAUCAUCAAGGGACAGCCCCAGGAGUCAGGGAAAGGAGACUCUUCGGAAAUCCGCCUGGAGGUGACCACACAAGACGUGUCUGCGAGCUCCCCAGCGGGCCGUCCUACAAGAUCGUCUUCAGGGGCAAAUGACGGUCGCCGGAGGUCGUCCAAGCCACCAGCCUGGAGCGGCAGCCAGUCGCCGCGGCAGACAGAGGCCCCUAAGCGGGGCGGGCGGAGGAGCAGCGGCGGCGCGCCUGCUCAGAGGGCCGCCGCGGAGCGCGGCCAGCAGGGCCUCCUCCAGAUGAUCCAGUCCCGGCGGAGGAGCGGGGCCUCGGAGGCCAAUCUGAUCGUGGCGAAGUCCUGGGCAGACAUAGUGAAGCUCAGCGCCAAACAGACACAAGCGAAGGCCGUGAAACGCGGGCCUCCGAGACAGCCGAGCAAGAGGCAGAGGAGAGCUAAAACCCCGAAGAAGCCCGCGGGCCGCGUGUACAGUGAGUUCAGUACCGGCCACGCCAACUCCCCCUGCACCAUCGUGAUAGGGAAGGCGCACGUGGAGAAGGUGACUGUGCCCGCGCGGCCCUACAGAAUGCUGAACAACCUGGUGUUCGACAAGAAAAUCGACUUCAACGAGGACCUUUCAGGGCUAACUGAAAUGUUCAAGACCCCAGCGAAAGAGAAGCCGAAGAAGAUGAGCUUAUGUCCCACCACCUUUUCCAGUUCGGAGGGUUUGCUCGGACAACAGGUCCAGGGCCCCGAGUCAGAAGAGAAACCUCCGCUCCGCGCCCCGGCCAAGUCUGCCACCUAUGCACGGCCCCACUCGCUAACACAAGUAACAGUAUCCUUCAGUGUGCACGGGUCUCAGUACAACACAGGGAGGAGAAUAUUCUUACUGUCUGUGCUUUUACUUUUUAUAGGAGAGAACGUGUCCCCCAAUGCUCAGAAUGUGCCAGAAGAGCUGUUGGAUAAAAAGUCUGCAAGCCCCGCCCUGAGAAGACAGUAUAUGACAGUGAAUAAAAUCAUGAAAACUCCGCCCUCUGAGACAGAGCCUUCGAAGGCAGCAUCCAGUGUGAACAGACCCAGGAGGUCCGCAGGGCUCAGGAGCACCCCGGUGCCGGGCACAGAGUGUGAGCAGGAAGACCCAGAGUUGGACACUGUCGAGAGCAUCUCGGGAAGAGGUCUGGGGAAAUCGCCAGGACAGGCAUGGCUCGCAGAGAGAGAGAUGAAGGAGAGCGAAGGCGCCUUUGCGACAUGGAAUGGAAACUUGGAACCGAAAGAAAACUCUGAAAAGAAGACAGUUGCGAGGAGAUCAAGAAGAUCGUCGGAGCUGAAAGGCACACCAAGAGCAGAUGUGAUCGCCACGAAGAGACCACAAGAGAUGGAAUCCACGGAAGACCUGCUGGGCACCCACAGCCUUCUCCAAACCCCAGGUCACGCCGAGGCACCAGUGGGUGUGGAGCACGGAGCCACAGGGAUGUGCACCAGAUCCCCGAAACCAGAACCAGUCGGCACGCCAGCCAAGGAGACCGGGCAGAUCAAGACGCCUUCCCGGAGUGUGCGUGCAGAAGCGCUCUCCGCGCUCGGGAAGCCCGCACCGACCCCAGGGGGUACCGAGCACACACACACAGAACCAGCGGGUGCUGACGAGAGCAUGAAAGCAUCACAGAAGUUUUCAGAACAGCAACAGGACUCAGCAGACCAUGUGAUUGGAAGUAGGAGGAGGUCAAGGACACCCAAGAGGAAGCCCCAACCCAUAGAAGACCUGGCUGGCUUGAAACAACUCUUCCAAACACCUAAACACACGGUGGAAACAGCGACUGAUGAGAAAACCAUGAAAAUACCCAGCAAAUCUCCAAAACCAGAGCCAGUCAGCACACCAACCAGCACAAAGAGACGUCUCAGGACACCUCUGGGGAAAGUGGACGGGGAGGGAGAGCUCUCGGCCCUCGGGGGGCCCACUCCCACACCAGGGAGGAUCACACGCUCUCCCAGAGCCCCAGCAGGUGAUGAUGAAGAUAUCACAGCAUUGACGAGAACUCCGGAACAGAAAUUGGACUCAGCCGAACAGGUAACCGGAAGCAGAAGGAGGUCAAGGACACCCAAGAGGAAGGCUGAACCCACAGAAGACCUGACCGGCUUCAGAGAACUCUUCCAAACACCCAGUCAUGCUUUUGAAACAGUGACUGAGGUCAAAACCGUGAAAAUACCCAGCAAAUCUCCAAAACCGGAACCAUUCAGCACCCCGACCAGCACAAAGAGACGUCUCAGGACACCUGUGGACACAGUGGACGUGGAGGGACAGCUCUCGGCCCUCAGGGAGCCCACACCCACGCCAGGGGAAAGCACACACUUUUCUGGAGAACCAGCAGGUGAUGAUGAAGAUAUCACAGCAUUGAAGGAAACUCCGGAACAGAAAUUGGACUCAGCCGAACAGGUAACCGGAAGCAGAAGGAGGUCAAGGACACCCAAGAGGAAGGCUGAACCCACAGAAGACCUGGCUGGCUUGAAAGAGCUCUUCCAAACACCCAAUCACGUUGUCGAAACACUGACUAACAACAAAGCUACCAAGAUACUUAGCAAAUCUCCAAAACCAGAACCAGUCAGCACCCUGACCAGCACAAAGAGACGUCUCAGGACACCUCUGGGGAAAGUGGAGGGAGAGCUCUCGGCCCUCAGGGAGCCUACACCCACGCCAGGGGAAAGCAUGCGCUCUGCCAGAGAACCGGAAGGUGAUGCUGACGAUAUCGGAGCAUUGAAGGGAACUCCGGAACAGCAACGGGACUCAUCUGGGCAUGUAUCCGGAAGCAGAAGGAGGUCACGGACACCCAAGAGGAAGGUUGAACCCACAGAAGACCUGAACGGUUUCAAAGAGCUCUUCCAAACACCAAAUCAUGUAGUAGGACCCGUGACUGAGGACAUAACCAUGAAAACACCCAGCAAAUCUCCGAAACCAGAACCAGUCGGCACACCAUCCAGCACAAAGAGACGUCUCAGGACGCCUGUGGGCAAAGUGGACACAGAAGAAGAGUUCUUGGCCCUCAGGGGGCCCACACCAACACCAGGGAGACUCGCAUGCUCUCCCAGAGCCCCAGCAGGUGAUGAUGAAGAUAUCACAGCAUUGAUGGGAACUCCGGAACAGAAAUUGGACUCAGCCAAACAGGUAACCGGAAGCAGAAGGAGGUCAAGGACACCCAAGAGGAAGGCUGAACCCACAGAAGACCUGGCUGGCUUGAAAGAGCUCUUCCAAACACCCAAUCACGUCGUCGAAACACUGACUAACAACAAAGCUACCAAGAUACUUAGCAAAUCUCCAAAACCGGAACCAGUCAGCACUCCGACCAGCACAAAGAGACGUCUCAGGACACCUGUGGGCACAGUGGACGUGGAGGGAGAGCUCUCGGCCCUCAGGGAGCCCACACCCACGCCAGAGGAAAGCACGCACUCUGCCGGAGAACCGGAAGGUGAUGCUGACGAUAUCAGAGUGUUGAAGGGAACUCCGGAACAGAAACGGGACUCAGCCGAACAUGUAACCGGAAGCAGAAGGAGGUCAAGGACACCCACGAGAGUGAAUCAGCCCACAGAAGACCUGGCUGGUCUCAAGGAGCUCUUCCAAACACCACAACACACAGUAGAAUCAAUGAUUGAGGACAAAGCCACCGACGUGCCCUGCAAAUCUGCACAAGCGAAACCAGCUGUCGUGCCCACUGGCAGAACCCGGCGGCUCAGGGCACCCGCAGGGAAGGCAGCCGUCAGAGGUGAACUCUCAGCCCUCCAGAGCCCUGCACGGGCAUCUGGGAGAACCACCCGGUCGCACAGAGAACUGGAAGGUGGGGAUAAGGAUAUGAAAUUGUUUAAGGAACCCCCAGAACAGAAACUGCGCCCUGCAGAAAACGUACCUGCAAGCAAGAGGAAGCCAAGAACACGUAAGGAAAAGGCCCAGAUUGCAGCAGACCCGGCCAGCCUUCAAGAGCUCUCAAGAACCCCAGAUCACACAGAGGACCCAGUGGCUGUGGCCGACAGCGCUGAAAUGCCCUCCGGAUCCCCACAGGCGGAAGCAGUGGUCAUGCCAGCAAGGACAAGGAGGCAGCUCAGGGCCCCUCCGAGGACAGUGGCCGUGCAGGAAGAGCCCUCAGCCCUCAGGAGGCCCACGGGGACAUCAGGGAAAACCACGCGGUUGCACAGGGAACAAGAGGGAGCAGAUAAGGAUAUGAAAUUGUUUAAGGAAUCCCCAGAACAGAAACUAGACCCUGCAGAAGAUGUACCUGCAAGCAAGAGGAAGCCAAGAACACGUAAGGAAAAGGCCCAGAUUCCAGCAGACCCGGCCAGCCUUCAAGAGCUCUCGAGAACCCCAGAUCGCACAGAGGACCCAGUGGCUGUGGCCGACAGCGCUGAAAUGCCCUCCGGAUCCCCACAGGCGGAAGCAGUGGUCAUGCCAGCAAGGACAAGGAGGCAGCUCAGGGCCCCUCCGAGGACAGUGGCCGUGCAGGAAGAGCCCACAGCCCUCAGGAGGCCCACGGGGACAUCAGGGAAAACCACGCAGUCGCACAGAAAACCUGUAGACGGUGCCGAAGACACCGAAGUGUGCCAGGGACCCCCAAGGCGGGAGCCAGGCCCUGUGGGAACCGCCGUGGGCAGCGGACGGCAGCUGAGAUCGAGGCCGGGGAAGGCCCAGCCCCCGCACAGCCCGGCCGGCAGCAGACGGCUCCUGCGAAGCCCGGCUCGAGACGAGGAACUGGGCACAGACGCUGCGGGCCUUACGAGAACUUCAACGCAAGCACCGGACCAGAGCAAACCCGAAACAACGUCCAGAAGAACCCGUAGGGCCCGGGAUGAGAAGCCCUCACAGGAGCCGGUGGACAGCAGGGACCCUGAAAAAGCACCAAGCGAGAGCAGCGUCGCCCUGUCCCCCAAGAGGAAGCGCGAAGACGGAAGCUGCGCAGGCGCGAGGAGGCUGCGGCUCAGGACCCGCGCCCAGGACCCUGCGGAGGAGACGCCGCCACCGCAGAAGAGACUGCGGACAGCCCCCAGAGAGCAGCAGUGCGCACCCCCGGAACCCUCCGAGCCGAAGAGGGGGCGCAGAGUUUUGAGAGAAGUCAUUGAACCUGUGGACGACCUGCCUAGCGCCAACGGGAAAACGAAAAAUAAGGGCCGAAAAGAAGACGUGGCCUCCCCAGACAAGGGAGUAUCCCUGCGCUCCGGCCUCCCAAAUAAAACCCGUGGAGCAGAGCAGAGGCCUGAGCUGCCUGUAGCAGCAGAAAAGGGUCAAAGAAAGCGGAAUGAAAAGAAGCCUGGGAAAUCCUCCCAAGAGGUGGAGAUUCAAAACCUGGAAGGUGGAGCCCGGAGUUCUGCUCCUGGGGACAAGGUGCACGAGAGGAGAAUGUCCCCGAGACCUGGAAGGCGGGGUGCAGUGCCCGUGCCCCGUGGAGCCGAGGAGAAAGCUCAGGCGAGCAGCGUGGAGACCCGUGGGGCGACUCAGGAAGAGAAAGGAGGAGCACCACGUCCAGGCGUCAUCCGCCUGCGGUCCAGAAAGGUGGCGGUCCCUCCUGCCGGGGACGCCUUGGAGAGCCAGCCCAAGCAGAGAGCGACUCGGAGUGCCAAGAGACCCGUGGAAGAUGCAAACAAGAGCCCCGAAGGCGGGACCCCUGCCCUCACGUCCCCGCACCGGGCGGCAGGCCCUCGGAAACGUGGGGACGGGUCAGCGGCUGGGCUCGGGCGAUUCGAGGGUGCAGGGGUUGCCGCAGCUGAGGCCUUGCGGUGGCUCACCUUUUUCACUGGAUGA